AUGCUCGCCCAAUACCUCAUCGGCGCCGGCGUCGCAUACGUUCUUUUGAAGCUUGUCAGGUGGUUUUUAGCGCCGAAGUCGCCGCUCGACAACGUCAUCGGGCCGCCUGUGCCAUCAUGGAUAGCUGGCCACAUGUUAGAGCUGUACGACAAGCAACUUGGAUGGAACUUCCAUCAUGAGCUCCGAACCAAGUACGGCCCCGUAUCCAAGCUUCAGUUUCUGUUCGGCAAACCGCUACUAUACGUCUACGAUCCUACAGCAAUGCAAACUAUUGUCUUGAAGGAGCACCGCCGCCAUGAGCCGCUUUUCGAAGAGCUUCCAUAUCUUAUGAGCAUCGGAAUGGACACCUUCGGCCCCGGCCUGCUAUCGACUGUGGGUGGUACGCACCGAAGGCAACGCAAGCUGCUGAACCCGAUCUUCUCGCCUAAAAAUCUCCGGCUCGCCACCCCAACGUUCUAUGAAGUUGCUCACCGUCUCUCCAAGGCGAUAAAAGCGCUCGUAGUGGCUGGAGAUCAACAAGUCGACAUGGCGCAGUACAUGGCACGGGCAGCACUCGAGCUCGUUGGGCAGUCCGUGCUUGGUCAGUGCCUGGACCCGCUCACCGAAAAGGGCAGUAACCCCUAUACUGAAGCACUGAAAUCGUAUAUACCGACAUUCACCGCAUUGACCCCAUUCUUUCAGUUCUAUCGAUAUGGGCGCCCGUUCAUUCCCACUGCUCUGCGGCGGCCGAUCAUGGACUCCCUGCCUUCCCGACGUGUCAAAGCGCUGCUUCGCAUCAUCGACACGAUGCACAGUAAUGCGGUGCGCAUAUUUGAAGAGAAAAAAACUCUAGUGGAAUCGCGCGAGAAGGCUGAUGACGAGGAAGAGAAAGGGAAGGAUUUGACUACCCUCUUUCUGAAAGCCAACGUGGGCGCGCCGAAAAAGGACGCAUUAACGGAGGAGGAGCUCAUCGCACAGCUCUCGACUCUUAUAUUCGCCGCAACGGAUACAACUUCCAACGCGCUCACGCUCAUCCUCGAGUGUCUCGCCAAGAACCCUGAAGUACAGGACAAGCUGCGUACAGAACUUAGAGAAGCGAAAAGUCGCCACAAGGGUGGAGAUCUCCCGUACGACGAGUUGAUGGCCUUGCCGUAUCUCGACGCAGUGUGCGCGGAAACCCUACGAGUGCACGUCCCGGCUCCAAUGCGCAUCCGCGAAGCCCAAGUCGACGCCGUCCUUCCCCUCUCCUCACCGAUCCGCGGAAACGACGGCACCCUCAUGCACUCUAUUCCUGUCCCCAAAGGCACCUACGUCUUCAUCGCUAUCCAGGCCGCGAACAUCAACCCGGACCUCUGGGGCGCAGACGCGCACGUGUGGCGCCCUGAACGUUGGCUCGCGCCCCUCCCGGGGACGAUCGCGGAGGCAAAGAUCCCAGGGGUAUAUUCGAAUCUGAUGACGUUUUGGGGUGGAGGGCGCUCAUGCAUAGGCUUCAAGUUCGCUCAGCUCGAAAUGAAGGUUGUCCUCGCAGAGCUAAUCUCGACAUUCGCGUUUGAGAAGACCGACGCGCCUGUGGUCUGGAACCUCGGCGAAGUGGUUCACCCCACUAUCGGCGCGGACUCAUCACACCCUGAGUAUCCGAUGAAGGUCACCCUGGUGCAGUGA